AUGAAGCAGCUCUUUGGUUUCUACAUUUUUGCCUCCGUUUUACUCAGAUGGUUGAGUGCAACCACAGGUUCUGAUGGAGCCACAGCUCCAGGUGAUAUUAUGAUUGGUGGAUUAUUCCCAGUACAUGAAAGUGUGACUGAUAGAAUGAACAGCAGUGAGGACAGAGCCUGCAACAGGUUCACCGUUGCUCGACUGGUCCAGUCUCUGAUAAUGGUGCAGACGGUGGAGGAAAUAAAUAAAAGUGGGGAGCUGGGAAACCUGACUCUUGGAUAUCAUAUAGUGGACUCCUGUGCUGAUGUUACCACAGCCCUGAAAAACGCCAUGUCCUUUAUGAAACGCAACACAGAUCCCAGCAUGGAUGGUGAAAAGAAGCCCUCCCCACCUGUCUUGGCUGUCAUUGGUGGGUACUACUCUGAGAUAUCCAUUGCAGUUACGAGGCUACUCAACUUGGAAAACAUCCCACAGGUUAGUUAUGGUUCAACCUGCGGCCAACUCUGUGAUAAAACACGUUUUCCCAGCUUUAUGCGGACAGUACCAGAGGAUGAUCAUCAAGUUCGUGCCAUCAUAAGUAUUUUAACAAGGAACCAAUGGACCUGGGUUGGUUUAGUGGCUACUGAUAGUGAAGCUGGUCGCUAUGCUGUUGAGCGCCUCCAGGAACAUGGCAAAAACAACAACAUCUGCUUUGCCUUCAUCAGUAUUCUCCCAGAAGUUCUGGUUGACAAGUCACUCGAGGAUUGUAUCAGUGACACAGUCAAAAGUAUAACUGAAAACAGAAACGUGAAUGUCAUCGUGUCCUUUGCCAAAGCUUACCAUAUGUUGGACCUUUUCAGAAGUCUACUCAAGGAUCCUCGAGGCAGGGGGAAAGUUUGGAUAGCAAGUGAUAACUGGUCAGAAUCAACCAAGGUGCUAGGAGAAUGGAGUUUAAGUGAUGUGGGAACAGUUUUUGGGAUCAUAUUCAAAUCUGGAAACACAGAAAGAUAUAGAGAGUAUCUCCAGAAUCUUGAUGUAGACCCUGAUCAUCAUAAGAACAACACAUUCUUGUCUAAAUAUCUGAAGAUAAAACAGAAAGAACAGGCGAGAGGGGAGACAGGCAAGCCAAAUGCCAAUGCCAGUGAGGGAUUGGUACAGAAGAUAUAUCCAUCUGGUGUUAAUGUGGAGUUAGCAGUCAGAGCCAUCGCUAAAGCUGUUGCAGAUCUCUGUGUCAACAGGGACUGUAGGACGACAGAGAUUACAGCCCUUGGAGGUGUGAUUUCCAGAUGCUCAAACAGCUGUUUACCCGGCUUCCGGAAGCAUUCAGCUCAGGGUCAGCUUGUUUGCUGCUAUGAAUGCCAUGAAUGUCCCUUGGAAUACUUUUCCAAUACCACUGGAGCCCUGCUUACCGUCAUUGUUGGGAUCAUCUUCCUCGCACACUGGAAUACCCCUGUUGUACGUGCAUCGGUUGGCCCGAUCUGCCUCCUCCUCCUCUUCUCACUUUUCUUCACAUUUGCAAGUGUGACAUUAUUUGGUGGUAAACCCAAGCUUUGGCAGUGCCAAGCACAACAGGUUGUGUUUGGCUUGAGUUUCACCCUUUGCAUCUCCUGUAUCAUGGUCAAGUCCUUUAAGAUCAUCCUGGCCUUUGAGUUUGACCCCAGUGUCAAGAGAGUAUUGAAAAAGCUCUAUAAGCCCUAUAUCAUUAUUGCAUUAUGCUUUUUGGGUCAAGUGCUCAUCUGUGCCCUGUGGCUCGCCCUCAAGUCUCCAGAACCUGAAUUGGAUAAAACAGCAGAAAGAACAGAGCGUCUGUACACGUGCAAUGAGACUUCAUUAGUUGCAUUUGGAGCCAUGUUAAGCUACAUUGGUCUUUUAGCUCUCAUCUGUUUUGGUAUUGCUUUCAAGGGCAGAAAGCUGCCUCAGAGUUACAAUGAUGCAAAGUUCAUUACCUUUAGUAUGCUCAUUUACUUCAUCUGUUGGAUCAUCUUUGGCCCAGUUUAUGUAAGCUUCAAAAACCAGUACUGUCCAGCGGUGGAGAUGGUCGUUAUUCUCAUCUCGGCCUACGGCAUCCUGUUCUGUCAGUUCAUCACUAAGUGUUAUAUUAUUCUCUUCAAGCAGAAAGCAAACACAAAGAGCGCGUUCCUUCGAGAUGUUCGAAACUUUUCCUUGGGCAGUGUCAAGGAUGAGAAGGAUGGAGAUUUUGUCUCACCUUCACUGAGCUUGGAGGGAAUCCAGAACCCUGCGUUAGAUGUAGAGCCCCCAGUGAUAGAUCCACCAAGAUGUCAAAGCCAGCACUCAAGCUCUGAUGUGUUACCAUGCUCUCUUCCUUAA